GUGCAGUUAAGCUCUCAGUCUGCCGUUGGCUACCGAGUGUUUCUGGUGAUUAUUUAAGUGGCGUUCAGACAAAGGCAAGAGAAGGUUUGACUGACACGCUAAAUGGCCUCCUGGGUUUGUGCAAGCCAGUUGUUCCUGGUUGUUCUGUUCAGCUGGAGUGUCCACAGUGUUCCUGUUCAAAAUGACUGGGGACAGUCUACUGUGAGAACUGGGAAGGUGAAUCCUGGACCCCAAAAUGCUAAGACUGAAGGCUCCCGUCCAAUGUCUUCCAAUCCAGCUGGUACUUCUGUAUCAUGGGUGGUUGUUAGACCCCAACGCAAAAGCUCAUUUGUGCGACCCUCCAAUCAAAUACGACCUGCAGUCUCUCUAGUGCCCAACCCUCCAAAACUCCUUCCUGCUCUGAAGCCAGAAGGACCUGCUAAUUUAUGGUCAACUGAAGCACCAAAGGAGCUUCCCCUCCCUACCUCUGAUCCUGAAGGCCCUGUGGCGUCGCUGCCAGUUGCACCUCUGACCGAGCUUUCACCCCAUCCAAAACUACAAAAUCCUUUUGAGAUUCUAGAACUUACUCCUCCUCCCCCUCAAAAUCCUAAAGAGUCUGCACUUUCAAUUGUUGACCCUCCUGAAAGUCUUCCUUUGCCGCCUUCAAAUCCAGAGGGUCCCGAGGUCUCGUGGCUGGUUGAGCCUGCAAAGAAAGUUCAUUUUCCUUCCAAUCCUGACAUGCCUCUGGUCCCCUGGAAAGUUGGCAGUCCUAAAAAUUUUCCCCCGCCUUCAGUUCUAGAAGUUUCUACAGAUAACUGGUUGGCUGAUCAUUUGCUAAAGGCUCAAACCCUCCGUAAUACCAAAGGCACUGAUACUGCAACAAAAGAAAUGGUUGCUCAUCCACCAACCUCAGAGAAUGCUGCUGUAAGCUGGGUGGUUCAGCCUCCCAAAAGAAAGUUACUUCUUCAAAGUCCUGAUCCUUUGGUGUUGACCACUGAUGAGCAUGAAAGCGACCCAUUCAGAGCUGCUGUUGCACAACUGGGUGAAAUGCCUCUGGAACGCUUUGCCUCUUAUCUUCCACUCACACCUGACCUCAUCCUUCCACCUGUUGUGUCAGAAGACCUUUCUCCUUUGAAAGGGGGGCCAGAGCAAGGAGUAUCAGAGGGUGAAACUGAGCCUCUGGCAUAUCAAGAGUCCUCUUAUCAGGGUGGCGAGUUAAGCCGCUACGCCUCCCUCUACAAACAUGGGGUCUCGGAGCGUGAAACUGAAGACUACAUUGUUCCAAUGUACCUUUAUGGUGCAGGAGGGAUGCCAAUUGGAGUUAUGCCACCACUGCCGUACCUGAACCAGGUUGUGCCGAACAUGUUUUACUUAUUCUUGAAUGGGUGGCUUCCUGAUGGGACUGUGUCACGCAUGCAGACAAACUAUGAGACUGAUGGAGACUAUACAACUCAAGUUGGCUAUGAAAAAUAACCCUUCCCUGCAACUGAAGGCCCUGGUAUUGACAGCCAAGUUAAGGUUUCUAGCUAGGAGUUGUAGGCUUACUGAAAAGCUGACUACAAAGUCCAGAAUUAGACAAUUGAGGGUUAAAGGCAGCUAUAGCAAUUUCUGCAGUUUACACCCAUGGUCUUGACUUGCAGUGUUUUAAAACUUCUAAUAAAGGUGAAAAAAAGAGA